UCUGACCUAUAAUACAACACAUUACUGCUAGUCACGUCUGCGUUUCCCAGAUUCUCCACUUCCCCUCUAACCUCCAAUCUUCACCGGAAUUUCAAGAUUUUCUCUCGAACCUCAAGAAAAGUAGCAUGAGAGCUCGCCAAGGGAGAUAGCCGUUGUGGGGUUUUGUUAAGUAGUGAUGAGCGUAGUGAAAGGAGACAGAAAGGUAUGAAAUGGAAUCACAACGGCGGUGAGGUUGUCCAAUCUCAAAAAUCUGUGGCAUCUCGCGUUUUUAGCUUCCUUUAUUCCAGAUAAGCAACUCCCUUUCUUACCCUUUAUUUUUAACCAAAGUUUCAUCUUCAUCGUAUAUAUUUUUUAUUUUUCGUUCUUCAUUUUUCUUAUUUUUAGAUUUUCCAUAAUUGUCCUACGUUUUCACCUUCCAGACUACGCAUGAAAACUUUUUUUCUUUUGAUUUUUUGAAGAAACAGUAGGAACUAGGAAAUCAAAACUACACAUGUAACCUGAUACAUGUGAUGUCCAGAACUCUUGCAUAAGACAUUGGAUUGCAUAUAUAUAAACAUAUAUAUAUAAUCUUCAUGUUCAAUGCUGGAAUUCUGGUCUAGGUUUUGAUUCCCUUGUUUUCAUCUUCUUCAACUUCAUUGUUCUAUUUAUACUAGCAGACAAUAUUUUCCACUCGCUUCCUUUCUGCUGCCUCUUUUCUUGGAUUCAAAUCAAAUCAAUUCUCGCUUCUGCCACAUUUCUCUUCCUGGUUUUCAAGAUUCUAGGGUUUUGGAAAUCUGUGAAUUUGUUUUCCCAAAGAACUUUCUGAUAUUUGUGUGGUUCAUUGGUUUUGCGAGAUUACAAGGAAAAGAAAAUGGUAAAUUUGGGUUUCCAGCUUAAAUGGCAGGAAACCCAUUCUAGAUAAAAUUAGAAAAAGGUGAUAGUUUCUGCAUGUAUUCAUCAGGAAUUCCCUGCUAGGCCUUGGUGAGAUUAUUAUGGGCUGCAUCUGCUCCAAAGGAGCAAACGAAGAUAUUGACAUAAACGAAAUUGAAAUAGAGAAACAAAAACAGAAUGAAUUCGAUAAAUCAUCAGUGCAAUUGGUUGCUCCGGCACCGUCAAAGAAGGAGGAAGAUGAUUUCAGCCGCAAGGAUGGGUCUGCUUGUCGCGCUUCAAAGCCAAAUGGAGGGGCAGCCGUUGUUCCAUUAGAAGGUGGAGGAGAAAAGAAUACAAUGAUUGUUGAGAGACCUUUAAAUGUUCGUCAUCGGAGAUGCGCAACAACGGAUUUGGGUUCCACUGGACACCACAACCAGCAAAUGGGUAGGAUUGUUGCCAUGCCGCAUGGUUCUGAAGGAGAACUAAAUGUUGCAGGUUGGCCACAGUGGUUAACCUCAGCUGCCGGCGAAGCAAUCAAAGGUUGGCUUCCUCGACGAGCAGAUUCCUUUGAGAAGCUAGACAAGAUUGGACAAGGAACUUACAGCAGUGUAUAUAAAGCCCGAGAUCUGGAUACUGGGAAGGUUGUUGCAAUGAAGAAGGUCAGAUUUGUGAAUAUGGAUCCUGAAAGUGUACGUUUCAUGGCUAGGGAAAUCCAUAUUCUUCGAAAACUCGACCAUCCAAAUGUUAUGAAACUUGAAGGUAUAGUCACUUCCAGAAUCUCUGAAAGCUUGUACCUUGUCUUCGAGUACAUGGAGCAUGAUCUUGCAGGACUUGCAGCAACUCGUGGGAUCAAGUUCACAGAACCACAGGUACCUUGUCUUUCGAACAAUGUGACUUUGGAAAUUAUUAACACUAGAUUAUAUGAUUUUUCCAGGGAUACUAAUCUCAUUUUCUUGCAGAUUAAAUGUUAUAUGCAACAACUUCUUUGCGGACUUGAACACUGCCACAGCCGAGGGGUAUUACACAGAGACAUUAAGGGUUCAAAUCUUCUGCUUGACGAUAAUGGAGUUCUCAAGAUUGGAGACUUUGGUCUGGCAAACUUUUUUCAGCCUGAUCAAAAUCAAGCAUUAACAAGUCGUGUUGUCACCCUCUGGUAUAGGGCACCUGAGCUUUUACUUGGUGCGACACAAUAUGGAGUAGGUAUAGAUUUGUGGAGCGCUGGUUGCAUUCUUGCUGAGUUAUUUGCCGGGAAGCCUAUUAUGACAGGAAGAACAGAGGUGGAGCAAAUGCACAAGAUUCUCAAGCUUUGUGGUUCACCCUCUGAAGACUACUGGCAGAAAUCAAAACUGACCCAUACAACUAGUUUCAAACUGCAAUCUUACAAGCGUUGUCUCUCUGACACAUUCAAAAACUUUCCCCCUUCAGCUUUGUCCCUCGUUGAUAAGCUCCUGGCACUGGAACCAGAAGCUAGGGGUUCUGCGACUUCAGCUUUAAGGAGUGAGUUCUUCAGCACAGAGCCCUUACCUUGUGAUCCAUCAAGCAUACCAAAAUAUCCUCCGAGUAAGGAACUGGACGCAAAGGUUCGAGAAGAAGAAGCAAGAAGGAGAAGAGCAGAGGCUAGAGGACGUAGACAUGCAAGAGAUCUUAAGAGAGACCAGUCACCAGAAUUCAUUGCUCAAGGGCAGACAACAAGCACAAGUUACAAAUAUGAUCCUGAUGAGGACGCUGGUUCUGGUUUCCGAAUUGAGCCUCCCAGAUUUGCUCAUAAGAACAAUGGUUUAUCUCAGCCUAGUUCAAUGAUUCAUCCUGUAAUAAGAUCAUCGGUUCAUAAGAAUGUAGGCUCUUCAGCGCAUAAUACAGAUGUGAUUACCCAGAGACCUUGCAUACCUCAGACUGCUGCAGAGAUCUCAAACACAACUCUUAAGAAGGAUCAAAGGAUUCCUAACAAAGACUCUGUGGGGUAUGUUCCUAGGAAAAACAGGAUUAACUUCUCAGGACCAUUGAUGACUUCUGGAGGAAACAUUGACGACUUACUUAAAGAACAUGAGAGACAAAUCCAACAAGCUGUCCGAAAAGCACGUCUGGAGAAGUCUGGAACAAAAACUAAUGUUGAUGGUUAGAAUCAGCUACAUGAGUGAUUACAAAAAAUUAUUCAGACUCUUACAUUUUACGAGAAAAGAAUCCUUUGUUGUAGUGUCUGUUUUCCUCACCUGCAGGACCGAAUUACAAACCAGCAGAACUUCCAGGGAGAUAAUAACAUUGCAUUAUUGGGUUUGACUAUAAUAUAGUUGAUUGUACUAGAGUAGAUAUUUCCAGAUAAAUCUGUCGCAAUAUUUCUUUUAAGAAAAAAAAAUGUGUAUAAUGAAGCAAGGUGGUGCUUUUGGUAUGAUUUGAAUACUUAGAGCUGAAAAUGGCGGGGAAUUUGCUGUACAGUGGACAGUGGGUAGGGCUUGUUGUGUAGUGGCUGAUAUAUAUCAUACAAUUGUAAGUUGUCGAAUUUCUUCUUCCAAUCAUUCUAUU